AUGAGUUAAAUACAAACAAACAGCUGUUUAUUUUACAGUUAUAUUGACAGUUUAAAGAAUGCAAUAGUUUAUUUCCUAUCGCACCCCUAUUAGUAAUCCGCGAUGUAGCAUGAGCCCGAAAAAAAGUUGUCUUUCAUUCUCAAGUUAUGUGGAAAGCAAACAAACAGCAGUACGUCAAGCAGCACUGAUUUAUUCAUGCUUAAUUAACACUUUGAGCCAAAGUUUGACCGUCAACAUCUCAAACCAUCAUGAUUUCGUCGGAUGUCGAGCAGGGCCAAGGGGAGAAGAGCGCCCGCCCCCUCUCGCUGUCUGGUCACGUGGGCUUCGACGGUCUCCCCCAUCAGCUGGUCAACAAGUCAACCUGCCAGGGGUUCUGCUUCAACAUCCUCUGCAUCGGAGAGACGGGCAUCGGUAAAUCCACCCUGAUGAACACGCUCUUCAACACUAACUUCGAGAGUGCCGAGUCGUCCCAUUUCGAGCCCAAGGUGAAGCUCUCGGCCAAGACGUACGACCUCCAAGAAGGCAACGUGAGGCUGAAGCUCACCAUCGUCAACACCGUGGGAUUCGGCGACCAGAUGAACAAGCAGCAAAGCUACCAGCACAUCGUGGACUACAUCGACACGCAGUUCGAGUCUUACCUGCAGGAGGAGCUGAAGAUAAAGCGCUCGCUGCACAACUACCACGAUUCCCGCAUCCACGCCUGCCUGUACUUCAUAGCCCCGUCCGGCCACUCCCUGAAGUCCCUGGACCUAGUCACCAUGAAGAAGCUGGACAGCAAGGUGAACAUCAUCCCUGUCAUCGCCAAGGCGGACACCAUCUCCAAGAGCGAGCUGCACAAGUUCAAGCUGAAGAUCAUGAGUGAGCUGGUCAGCAACGGCGUCCAGAUCUACCAGUUCCCCACUGACGACGAGACCGUGUCCAGCAUCAACUCCGCCAUGAACGGCAUCCUCCCGUUUGCGGUGGUGGGCAGCACAGAGGAGGUGAAGAUAGGGAACAAGAUGGUAAAGGCGCGGCAGUACCCCUGGGGCGUGGUGCAAGUGGAGAACGAGAGCCACUGCGACUUCGUGAAGCUGCGUGAGAUGCUGAUCGGGGUGAACAUGGAGGACCUGCGGGAGCAGACGCACACGCGGCACUACGAGCUCUACCGCCGCUGCAAACUGGAGGAGAUGGGCUUCAGAGACACAGACCCGGAGAGCAAGCCCGUCAGUCUCCAGGAGACGUACGAGUUCAAGCGGCAGGAGUUCCAGGGGGAGCUGCAGAAGAGGGAGGAGGAGAUGAGGCAGUCGUUCGUCCAGAGGGUGAAAGAGAAGGAGAUGGAGCUCAAGGAGAAGGAGAGAGAGCUCCAGGGGCGCUUUGAGCAGCUGAAGCGGCUCCACCAGGAGGAGAAGGGGAGGCUGGAGGAGCGGAGGCGCUCCCUGGAGGACCAGCUCAACGGCUUCAGCACCAAGAGGGCGGCGGCCGAGCUCCUGCUGCAGGGGGGGGGCUACGGGGGGGGCGGGGCCAACCUCAAGAAGGACAAGGACCGCAAGAAUUCUGGAUUCAUGUGAGGAAUGCUGCGACCGAAGCGACAAAAACAAUAAUUCCUGGAUGUUGCGACGAGCAAAAUCACCUUUAAAAAAAGAAGAAAACAUCAACAAAAAAAUCUUGAAUUAUUCUUUGUGUGAUUUAAAGUGUGUUUAGUAUAUCUUGCCAUAGCGUACGGCUUUAUUUAAACUAAUGUUUAACUGGGUUAAACGUUAAAUUUGUGUCUGCAAUUCACUCUAUAGCCACAGGGGGGGCAAAGUAUUUUGGUAGAGAGAAGUAUUUUUGGGAUGAUGCUCAUGGUUACAUGUUCAAGGGUUUAAACUGUUUGGGUGUAAAUGUCAGAUGGCAUAUUUUGGUGUUUAGGUUAUGGUUUAUUUUAUUUCAUGAGAUUGAUGUGGUUGAGGUCCGGUUAAAUUAUCUGGGAGGGGUGCUAGCUAGUAUGUAGCCUAGUUGGCUAGGUACUUUGUAGCCCAGUUGGCAAGCUAGUUUUCACCAUACAACUAGUUGGUUGGCUAGUUGUACCCCACUUAGUCAAGUAAGUUAAGUUACUUAACUAGUGUGCACCCUACAGCUAGUUAGUUAGAUAGUUUGCAUCCUAGUUCGUUAGCUAUUUUGUUCCCUACAAAUAGUUAGUUAGCUAGUUUGUACCCUACAACUUUCUGGCUUAUUUUGAUCUAUCGCAGUUAGCUAGCUCCAGACUAAGCUACAUUCGCCCGUUUCCUCGGUCUAGCCAGAAGAUUCCGCCGCAGACAGCCUCUAGUCCGGCUCUUCUCACCAGUUUCCGGGCCAUGGACCAUCUUAGUUCACCUGCUGUGGUUCUCAAAGCGUGUAGCUCUCAUGGCUAGCUAAGCUGCUCAAGAACCACAACGUUUCUAUGGUGCCUUCACUACAUGACCAGUGUUUCUUAUUGACUUGUUAUUAUGUAUUAUACUUACCCCGAGUACACAGUGGGGUGAUAUUCCUCUAGUUAUAUAUAGAUAUUAUAUAUUAUGUAUGGCUUUUUCCUCAGGCUGUGUUUAUGUGUUUAUUGACCACUGUCGGCUAAUUUUUAACCGUGAUAGAUUGAAUUUGGUACAAUUCGAUUUUUUUUACGGAGAACAAUAAAAAAAAAGCAUGAUUUUGCAAAAUCAAUGGUGCCUGAGUCAAAAAAAUUUUUUUUAGUAAUCGGUCGUCAUUAAAAGAAGCGUAUGGGGUAACACCCGUUUUUUACCUGUUGCUGUCAAAUAAAACAAGGGGUAAACAUGUCGUUUUAUCUGUCGCCGGCAAAUAAAACAUAAACACGUUUUUUAUCGGCGGUCAUGAAAAAAACCUUAGGGGUAACUUAUGGAGUUAGAAUCAUGCCAAAACCCCCCACACACACAAAACGUGAUUUACUCACGCAAAACGAUUCACACACACACAAAACGUGUUUUACUCACGCACAACGAUUCACAUGUUUUGUAUUUGGUUUGCAAAUACAAAACAUCAUUCACAAACUAAUGCAUUUUGCUUCAGAAACAAAUACAGUAGCCUAUGUUUUACACAUACAAAGAAACAUUACUUCAAUUACAAAAAAAUAUCCUCCAAGUACAAACUAAAAUCUUUCAAGUACAAACAAAUCUUUCAAGUACAAAAAAAAAUCCUUCAAGUACAAAACAAUUCUACAAGUACGGAAAUCUGAAAGUUGCGCGUGGAUCACCAAGGCGGAAAAUUAGUGCCAAAAGUCACGUGACAAAUUCACACUACACAACAGCAGGUGGCGCUGUUGAGUCAGUUUAAGGCCGCCAGGACGAUCUUUUUUCUCCCCAAAAUCUUUAUUUGCAACACAUUCUCACUCCGAGCGCGUCGAUUUUUGACGAACGGUCAGUGACUUUGGCUUCAGCCUCUGACGCAAAAGGGUACCCUUGUGCUUCUUUUUUCGACGCAUGGUGUUUUCAACUUGUUAGAAUGUAGGCCUAAUCCCUCCACGGCAAUAUAUGAAGCUAUGAGCAUUCAUCCCAUUGGCUAACGGAAGACCAAAUGCCUGCACAUUAACGGUGAAAUCUGUGACAUUAUUCAAAACAACUACACCAACGUGUCCUUGUUAAUUACACAACAUGUAUGAGUUAAGGCUAUGGACAUCAGUUGUCCUGUUUUGUGCUUUGAUUGAGAGAAACAAUAAUUUUUUUGAUCAGUGUUGGAUAUCUGAGGUCGUUGCUAUAGAUACCACGUCCGUCCGCUUUUUUUGACCACUGACAGAGCAACACUAUCGCAUCAAAAUUACGUUCCCAGAGAACUAUUCGGCAUUCUCAAUUACGUUUGUCUGAAAAACGCAUUUUGUCUGUGAUUAAGUUUUAUUGAACAUAUCGCAAAUGCGAAUUCGUUCUCAGCCUAUUUU